UAAUGGAGAGAAUGUUUGAAGUCCACCCGAAGACGACCGGUGAGAUUCUCACCCACGCCAACCGCUGUGGUUGGGAAGAAAGAAGUAGAGAAUCUUGUCUUCGUUCACCGGCUCAUUCGAUGAUCAGUCGCGACUCACCAUCUCUACUCGCCCCUUCCAGGAAUUUAACGGAGGUUUUGGCGCGUCUGACUGUCCGAUCUCGCGGCCUCCAGCACAGAUGCAGCCAGAGAACGGUUUUGCGUAGAGAGAGUGGCGAAGGUGCGCUCUUGACUGUUCUCUCCUACUGGCAGUAUGCGAUUAGGCUUGAAGAGGAGGAGAAAGAUGAAGAGAUGUUGCAGCAGAUGACAGAGGAGGCAGAGGAGUACAAGGGGGAAUUCUAUAGAAAGCGCCAAUUGACUAUUAAGAAGAACAAAGCGUCUAAUACGGAGAAGGAGAGAGACAAAUAUGUAUAUUCUAUUUUAAGCUUUCUUCUUGAUACUAAUCUAAUAUAAUUAUAUUUCCUUAUCAAAUUGGAUCACUCUCUCCAUUCUAUUCCACACCAGCUUUGGUUUAUGGGUAUGUUACAAGUUCAUAACUUUAUAUUCAUUCAUGAACUGAAUCAAUCCUGUGUUAGCUCGAAUCAGAGUUCUCGACUGCAACUUAGAACCAUAUCUGAAAUUGGACUUGGUCAAAUGUCUUUGCUGUUCUGUCCCUAGAAAGAAUUAAAGGGCUUAUGCUAUAAAUGAAGUUGGGAAGUGCGAAAUAUUUUGACAAUUUGACAUCUUUUAUUACAUCCACUAUCUAUUGAAUGCUGGGAAGAGGGGUGUAGGGUGACACCUUAAGUCAUUUGACUAAGUCUUGUCUUAUACUAUCAAAGGAAUACUGGAAACCUGCACUGUCGCUAAAAUUGUUUUGAUGAAGAGCGCAUUCAUACAAGCAUUAAUUUAUAUUAUAUAAAUAAAUUCCAUCGAAGUAACUGAUCAUUAAAAAAAAAUUACUAGUGUUCAUAAUUGAUCAACACAUUUCGAAAAAAAAAAGGGGUAAUAAUGUCUGAAGUGUUCUGAUUUAUUGGAGAUUUUCUUUGAUUUAAGGAGAGGGCUAGGGUGAUCUUUGAGUAAUAACCAUGCAGAGACUACUUAAUUGUGGUUGUAUUAUUAAUAGAAGUUGUUAAAUGAAUGUGGGAGAACAAUGUUUUAUGGCCAAACCUAUCCCUCAAAGGCAAAUGAAACGAGGGAAAUAGGAGAAACGAGUGACAAUUGAAUGUUGCAUUAAGUUCUGUGAAGAAUGGUAUUAGUUUAUCCUGCUUUCAAAAUUUUCUGAUUUCUAAUUUUACAUAUCAGCUAUUUUGGCAAAUCAAGAAAAGUUCCAUGCUGAAGCUGAGAAGAAUUACUGGAAGCAGCUCAUUCCUGAAAAAGGAAAGAAAGAUCAAGAGAAAAGAAACCCUCCAUUGUUGUGAUCCAAGGGCCCAAGCCUGGAAAGCCAAAUGAUCUGUGAAGGAUGCGUCAAAUACUUCUUAAGCUUAAACAUAAUCCCCCUCCUUCCAUGAAGCCCAAACCACCACCAUCAGCAGAACGAGAAACAGAUGCCAAGGCUGCAGCUCCUAUAGCCACAGCUACUCUUAAUAAUGCUAUUUCCACUAAGGCUGCAGCAGCUCCUGAGGCUGUAGCAGCUGCUUGAGAAUGUUGAAUUAUGUAGUUGGGACUAAAAUAUUGGAAGCUGGCACCUGUUUUGAGCAUGUAUAUUAGGCAUAAAGCAAUUAUUGUGUAGAAAGGUUUUGUGCGAUUAUGCAUAGAAAGGCAUCUAGCAGUUGGUAGAAAGCUGUCACAUGAUUGAUAAUGUUGUACCAAUUUUUUUGGCUUUAGGUUGGGUGCGAUAUUUUGUGUUAA